AUGAGAGCCAGCCAGCCGCAGUUGAUCGCCACCCCGAUCCUGAUCGGAGCUGGGCUCGUAGGAGUUGGCCUUGCGGCACGUACUCUGCUCUCUUCUUCCAAGUCGGGCAGCGACGCCAUCAAAGGCCCCAGCGGAAAGUGGAUCAAGGGCGGGUUCAGCGCCAAGAUGGACAAGAAAGAGGCAGCACAGAUCCUUGGGUUGCGAGAGACGGGGUUGUCGAAAGCUAGAAUUAAGGAGGCUCAUCGAAGGAUGAUGAUCGCCAAUCACCCGGAUAGGGGGGGAGCACCAUACCUUGCUAGCAAGAUCAAUGAAGCGAAAGAGCUGCUCGAAAAAGUCACACUGCGGUGA